UUUGGUCAUCAUGGCCCAAGUUUCUGUCAGUAAGUUGUCAGCGUCCACUCAACGUAGCAGUGAGGCUCGUGGUGGUGGGCCUUUGGGUGGAAGCCGCCCCCAGGCCCGUUACGAGUGCACCUACAAGAUGGAACCGGACAAAAAGUUCAUGUCGCAUCGCGCCGGGGGCAUCAUUGAGGAUGUGCUGCAGACGGAGCUACGUGACGCCAAGUACGAGCCCGAACGGAGUCAGAACCUCUGCCGCUACCUCGCCGACACCAUCAAGAACAGGGUCAAGGAGCUGGAGUUUAGCCGCUACAAGAUCGUUGCCAUCGUUACCAUUGGCUCCCUCGAUCAGAACGCCUCAUCGUACGCAAGCCAGUGCGUCUGGAACGAAAAGUACGAUACCUACGCCGAGUUCACGUUCAAGAACGGCUCGCUCUAUGCUCUCGGGACAGUGUACGGGAUUUAUCAAGAGUAAACGCUGCAAAACAUUCCUGAAGUGUGCGGUUGCUUGUACUUCGGAAUCGCUGAGGAUACUGAUGGGCAGUGACAAGAUCUGAACAACUUGUUGACAUGAGCUCUACUUCUGCAGACUGCAGCUACUACCAAGCUCUUGGAAUCCUCUGAACAUUCCUUGAAAAAUAUUUCACCCCCAGCAUACACAACUUAGUCGCAAUGAGAGUACCCGUUUUGCUCAUUGUAAGGUUGCACUGUGGUAUAGAUGUGAGACCUGAUGAUAUCUUACUCAGACUGAUUCAAAAACUAUACAAGUUUGCCAAGUUGGACGAAGAAGUUAGACAGGGCUUUUGAUUAAUAUAAUGGAUUUUUGACAGUACGUGAACAUGCAGGGUUUAGACAUUGAUCAAUUAUUUUCUGUUUGCUGUGUGUGUAAUAACGAGGCUUUCUUCGUUAAUAAUUUAAGCCACGUACUGAUCUACUGAUUUCUUUGCAUGAUUUGUUAACAAUAUUAAUCGGGAUUAAAUGAAGAUGUUGAUAAGGUCAUCAUCACGGCUGCUUCUCCGGGAGAGGAGAGGCAUUUUUGGUGAAUAGUUGCCCCAACUGUUGACUGUCACCCAUGCAUUCCAAAUUCUGCAGUAAGAGGACUGUCGGUCUUUCGUGCCAAAGAGAAUCGACAUUUAGGAACAGACUACCGGUAUAAUACGAGCUUGUGGCCAAUCGAAGUAGAAGGAAUAUUUUUAAAGCUCUACCAGUGUACCAUCUCGAUAAAAGUUAAUGCCCCCGUUCGUUAUUUCAUGUACCUUAGAAAUGUUGGGUAUAUCGUUACCAAACACACCCGUAGAUGGGUUAAACUACGCUUGAGAUUCUUGGAACACGCUGAAAAAAGGAGGGUUACUUCAAGCCACAUGCCACGGGUGUUAAUGGCCAACAUAAACACAACAGUAGAGUAAAUAACGUGUUAGUUUCGAAUGACGGCCAUCAUACCAAACACGUGGAUUUAUACGAGUUAUACUUUACCCGUUGGGUUUACAAUUAAGUUCAAAAAUAGCUCUGUGGACAAAGCAUGUGAUUGGAAUCCUGAAUGAAUUUUCACCGUAUGAGCCGAUCUAAAGUAUAGCAUCAACGUCUUUCCCCGCUCGAGGAGGUAAACGUCCCCCCCAUCAACACCAUUGAAAUAAUCUGUGUCAAAACCCCAACCACGCCAAUUUCACUAAGAUUCACUAAGUUGGUGUUGCACAAGGCAAAGAACUUCAUCACUUUGUCAUGUGGAACAAAUACUGCAAAUGUAUCGCCUACUGGAAAUUAGGAAUACCUGCCCAGAAUUAGAAAUGUCAUGAAACAUAACUUAAAGCGAUGUCCAGACUACAGAGGUAGAUUAAAGGGCGGAUUGUGACAUCGAUCAAUCUUAUUGUUCUCUUUGUUCAUGCUUAACUUUUAUCGAGGCCCGUCGAUCGAACCCCGGCUAACGGCGGUCCGUUAUAAGCAAUCACCCCCCCCCCGAGCUUGAGUGGCAGGGGAUUGGAAAUCGAUACUGCAUAUUAAAACAGAUGGUUUUUAGUUACACUGUUACACGUGACAUUCAAACGACAUGCCCAAAACGAAUCCAAAAUGAUCGACACGGGUAUCUUUUCAAUCACUUUCUGGCUGACGUUUGGGAUAUUUUUCCCACCUCUUGAGAAGAUAAAUCCUUCAAAUACGGGGGGAGGGAGAAAAACCUUCCCCCUUUUGUUGAAUUAUGUUCUCUUCCAGCAUGGUCUGCAAUCCCCAACACAAAAAUCGUACCAUGGCUUAU